AAAGCAUCCUCAGACAGCAUGAGCCAGGUCUAAGAAUCGCCCGAUACCGAGAGUUCUGCCAUCAUGGUAAGAAGAAUCGUCGUAAAAGCGGUUGGAGGUUUUGAUCAACUUCAGGUUGAAGAAGGGCCUCCAGCUCACAGUCCCAAGUCAAAGCAAGUCACUGUUGAAAUCAAGGCAUGUGGAUUGAAUUUUUAUGAUCUAUAUGUGCAGCAAGGUCUUAGCCCUGAGGUCCAGCCGCCAUGUACGCUAGGGCUAGAAUGUUCUGGCUUAGUCAAAGCUGUUGGUGAUGAAGUCACAUCUGUCAAGGUAGGCAAUAAGGUUGCUGUACAUUGCCCCAAAGGUGGUGCCUUUGCUGAAGAAAUCACUGUGGAUGAAGAUUCCGUACUUUUAGUGCCACAUCACCUGUCUUAUGAUGAAGCUGCUGCUUUUACAGUCAAUUAUCUUACUGCAUAUUUUACCUUAUUUUAUGCUGGGGGAUUAAGAGAAGGAGGAGCUGUACUUAUUCACAGUGCUGCAGGUGGUGUUGGUUGGGCAGCAACACAGUUAGCAAAAACUGUACCAAAUGUGACUGUAUUUGGAAGAGCAUCAUCUCAUAAACAUGGAUUGAUUACUCAGAAUGGGGUGGAUUACCCAAUUAGCCAUGAUCAGAAUUAUUCUGACAUUGUGCUGCAACACCGCAAACAAGGAGUAAGCAUUGUUUUGGAUGAUUUAAGUGGAGCGGACUUCACAGUUAGCCAACAACUUUUAGAGCCACUUGGAAAGGAGCAAGCAAUUUUUAGUAUUUAA